GUACUUUUCCCCGCACGAAAAAUGUCCAAUUCACACUUGUUUCUGAAAUCUGGCUUUCCCCGAGCACCGCUACAGAAUGGAAUUGGUCGCUACAUUUGCCAGCUGCAGCGUAUCACCCUAAAGUACUGUAAAACCAGUGGUUCCAGCAAGGGAAUGCGUGAGUUUCUCGAACACGAGCUCGUCGACUUUAGCCGCACCAAUCCUGGUGUGGUGGUGUACGUAAAGCCUCGCCGGCACCGGACGGCCGUAAUGUCGGCUGAAUUCCUGAACGGAGAGAAAACGUUGAUAAACUGUCGCAACAAUACGCGGGACGAGAUAUCGAAAUGGAUCCAGGUGCUGAAACAAUCGAACGGCCGUUCCGAGGAGAUGCGCUUACGUAAACACUGGCACACGGAUGUGCCGAGUGUGCAGGGUGCCUGGACGCCGUUCACCCAUCGCCAUCCGUCGACCAAUGUGACCGAGUUUCCUAGCAAGCAAUUGUCGAAGCUGAAUGAGAACGAGCCGAGUGCCACAGAGAAGCUGCUGGAGCUGUAUAUGGCACAACGGAAGAACAGCUCUGCGAAUGGGACUCCAACGAGGCCGGAAGAAGCUAAAUAG